AUGCCAUCAGCUGCGCGCCCACAAGACGGCGCUACGGCGGCCGAGCCUGGCACAUCGGCAUUGGCCGCGGCAAGCAUCACCACCUCGGAGCAGCUCGUCAAGACCCUCCGUGUUCCUCAGACACCCGCCAACGGCAUCAGCAAGGUCUCGAUCGCAUCAGAGGCAUGGAAAUCGCAGGAGUUCUUCGUCCCGAAGAAGGCGGAGCUACUCUCGCAGUGGAUCCUCGAGCAUCUGUGUUCGGGCCUGCGCGGUGCAGCGUCCGCCAGUAACCAUGGGACGCCGACCAAGGGCAAGGGCAAAGGCAAGCAGCAGCAGCAGCAGCAGCAGAAGGGGAAGGCGGCAGAGACCGUCGGCCCAAUCGAACUCGAUCUUGAGGCAUGGACACUGCUCGCCAGCAUCAUUGCCGCCCAGACUGGGUCAGAGUCGGAUCUGACCGAGGCGUCGAAACGCAGCUGGCUCUCGCACCUCGCCAACACGCAACCCACGCUUCAGCUCGCCGGUGCACUCGCCAGGCAACUCGAACAGGCACAAGCCACGUCAGAUGCCGAUCGUUUUCAGUUGUUGUCCGCCGCCGAGGCGUCGCUGGUGAAGCUCCUUCCGCCCGCCACGUCCCGCACAGCAGCAACCAACGUCGAAACCGCCACCGACGCCAUCCAUGCGUGGCUCGAGUUCUUCAGUCAACCACGCUCCUCAGCAGAGUCACAAAGCGGGUUUGAGAUCCUCAAGUCCAUCGUGGUUACGUGGGCCACCGCUCUCCAGUACGGCUCGAACGCCAAACGCAACCACCACCACUUUUGCACACGCACAUUGCCUGCUCUCGUCCGAGCACUGCAAGCGGUCAGUCUCCAAUCGCUGCAAAACGAAAGCGCAGCCAACAGCGCAUCGGCCCUGCUCGAACUCGUCAAGCAGAUCGCGGCAGAAUCCCUCUUCACCGAAGAUGUGCAUAGAUCCUUGCUGCAGGCUGGUCGCAGUGCCGAGCUCGGCAGCGCAGUCAACUGGAGAGAGCCCAAAGCAGCCUCAACCGAGGUCGUUCAGCAGCUCGUCUCCUUCCUGCACGGACAGGGAUCUGACGACAGGAUCACAUCUACCGCCGCGCUCGGCUCGCUACCCGUACUCAGCGAGCUACUCUAUACAAGACUCAGCCGCAGCGAGUCGCUCAACUCGAUGGCGAGCUCCAGCACCACAUCUGCUGGCUCUGUGCGCGAAACACAGCUCGCCCUCGUUCGCAAGACCAUGCUGGCCGAGUGGCUUUUCCCCGUGCUGCCGUUCCUGGUCACGCCUUCUGAGCGUGCUUCGCAACAGAACUCUGCCGACCGGGCUGCGGCGCGCAAGGGUGUGCUGCGCGGCAUCGAGCGCGAUAGCCUCUACAUCAUCGGCUGCGACGAGCACGAGGCGUGGCGCUCCUUCUUCAGCACCCUCUUCAACGACAUUCGAGAUGACCUGAGCCGCAUUGCCACCGACGAAUCCGAAUCUACAAGUGCGCAUGUCGAGAUCGCCGAUCACUUCCGCAGCCUCACUCUGCUUUGGCGACUUGAAAAGUCGGUCGUCGAAGAUGACCUGGUCGACAUCUUGGCCAUGGCCGCCGUACAGCCCGUCGCCAAGCCAACAAUCAGGAGCGCAGAGGAGCUUGGAAUCUCGACGCGCGCUGGAUUCGACUUUAUUCGCGAGGUAGCAGCCCUGGAUGUUCGAUUCCGCACGCUGCCGGCUCUGGUGAACAACAUCAUGCCCAGCCUCCCGCUCGCUGCCGAGCGCCUGGCGGGGCGUGGCAGGGAGCUUGCCGAGUCGCUAUAUGUCUCACAGACCUUCCUUGCCGAGCUCGCCAAGCUAUGCCACGACAGCGUUACCGCGAUGCAGGUGCCGGACCUCGUGAACCGGAUCCCGACGAUGGUGCAGAAUGUCGGUUCCGCUCUAGACGCACUCACGGUCGACACUGGCAAGGCUGCAAAGAGACAGCGCAGGGCCUCGGGCGGCGCGGACAGCAGUGCGGCCCACGCGGACACCGCGGCGCUACUCGUUCAGCUGCGGAUCGCGGCCACGGUGGUGCAGAGCGUGAACGUCGCGCCUCAGCUGCGCGCACGCUCGGUUGCAGCAGCGGAGGAGUUGCACAACUCGCUGAUAUUGCCGUGUCUCGAUGCUGUGCUCGGCUCCACUCGUGCUGUACCGGCAUCUGGCGUGUGCGGUGUGGCAGCGGCGGCGUUGCAGCUCCGGCAUUCGUUGCUCUCGGAAAAGUGGCGCUAUGAUCCUUCAGAACCGGUCAAACUCGACGGCUCGCUGCCGACAGAAAGCCUGCCGUGCCUCGAGGUGGCGUUGGACGAACGCGCCGACUCGCUCAUCGAGAUCUUGGCUCUGCGUGAUGGACAAGGCGCAGCCGAAUCGGCGCUGUGCCAGCUGCAGUUCCAGAUUCUCCAGGCGCUGCUGCAACGUGCCGAGAGAGACGCAUUCUUGGGACGCCACGAGUCACGCUACUGCCAGUUGAUCUCUGCCGAUGCGGCGCCGAUCGCGCAGCUGCUCGACGAGAUCGUCGCCGUGUCGGGCUCAAAGGAGGCGGGGACGAUGUGGUCGGGUCGCCCGACGCAGCUUCGUGGGCGUGCAGAGCUGCUGCAAGCCGUGUGGUUGGCGAUUGUUACGCGUUGGGCACCGCUGCUCGACCGGCUUGCGGACGAGGCCCUCCUGGCCCGACUCGCUGCUGCCGUCAUGGCGGCUUCAGCGGCGGGUGAGGAACAGGAUACGGCAAAGGGAUGCAUGCGCUACAUCUCGACGACUGCGCUGCGCAACGCAGCCUUCCUCGAGCUACCCAACGUUCGCCGCCACGUAAUCGCAUGCAUCCAGCAGCGCGUGGAUCCCAGCGGCAGGGAUGUGGAGAGUCGGCUGGCGGCCACGACGGCGCUGUGGCUCACACCCUCGGAAUGGAUCGCCAAGCCGGCACGUGGCGCACUCACCGCCAAGCUCCUUGCUCUCGAUCGUGACAUUGCUUCAGCUGCACACCAGCAGAAGGGCCAUGCAGGUACAACGGGCUGGACAGAGCUCCGCAAGCUGCUCGCGCGGCUGCUCGAGGCGGACUUUGCAACCGAAGCCGACAUCAGCGACGCGGACUUGUUGAGCUCCCUGCGUACCUUUGUCGCCAGUGACGAGCAAGACCCGGCGUGGCAGCGUGCCUCACUCGCUGUCAUCCGCGCCACCGUGAACGUGCUCUUGCAGAGGGGAAGCUUGAACGCGGAUAUUCGCUCGGCGCUCGUGCAAGGAGCUCUCGAGGCCCGCCGUCAGGCAAGCGGCGACGCCUCGCACGUCACUUUCAGGGAGCGCGCGGCACAGGACAUGUUUGCUGCGCUUUGCAGCGGCGGUGUUGCCGAGUCGGAGCUGCUCGGGGCCGAUGCGGACAGGGACGUGGCACAGAAGAGCCUCGAGGCGCUCAAGACGCUUGGAGCUGCCGCCGGCCUCGACACCGCCACGGGCGUGAUCACGACGCUGGAGCUGGCACUCUACCACUUGCGCGAGAUCCGCCUGCGUAUGAACGGCACGCGCUCGGAUGCCAGCGAGCUCGGUGCCGCUGUGACCAAGGACGUGGUCACCGCGCUCUGCAUCCUGCUGGGUCGCGGUAGUCUCGUUAGUGACGCAGAUGAUGCCCACGCCAAGCUCGUGCGCACUGCAGCAGAUGUGGCGCUGGAGCUUUUGCGCUGUCUGCAAGGCGCACCGGCGGCCGGAGCUUGUCUGGCGUACUCGGCGUUGGUGUCGUCGCUGCCAGAGGUGGGCGAACAGCAGCGCGUGCGUGACGGCCUGCAGCGCAUCGUCUCGCGCCUCGACACGGAGCAGUACGAUGCGACACUGAGCCAGCUACUCGCAGCAUUGUCUAGUGCCUCCACGCUGGAGGGUGCGGGUGCGGACGCGGAUGUGGGUGCACUGAUCGGGACGGUGGGGCUGGUGUUGGGCAGCGCGCCGGAGGGCACGUCCAAGAUCGCUCGCGACCAUCUGGCGCACUGGCUUUCACUGCUCGUAGGGACCACCGCGGGCCCGGUGCGCGUAGGUGCGAUGGUGGCGUCAGUGUCUGCACUCGAUCUGCUCUGCAGGCACCAUGCAAUGCUUCUGCGUACGCAGGAUGUUCAUGCCAUGAUGCAGCUCUUUGCUACGCUGGUGGGACCGAGCGCGCGUGACGAGGUAUCUGGUACCAUCUCGUCACUCCCGGCCUCUCGUCGGGAUGCGGUGCGCAGCGCGAUCUUCAUUGGCAUCGUUUCGACGCUGGGUUCGCUCAUGCGGCUGCGCCAGGACCUCGUCCUCGGUGGGCUGCCGCAACUGGGUGCGCUGCUCGCGCGGCUGUGUGCGCUGUUCCGCCGGUUGAAACGCACGCCUUCGGGCAUGCAGCGUCGUCAGCUGCGGCGCGACCUGCCGGCCUGGUUGGACCCGGUGGAGGUGACUCCGCUGGGCGAGCACGAGGCACGCGCGUUGAGUAGGCUGCUCAGCUCGCUGGUGGCCAAGAACGUGUCGCUCAAGAGCCGGGGCGACGAGGGCAAGGCGCAGAGUCUGGCCAAGCCGUUUUCAAAGCACGCGACGUACGUGCUGGUGGCGUAUCUGCGCAGUCUGACCGCGCCGAAUGCAGUCGUACCGUUCGAGGUGCGCGCCGAGCUCGAGGUGGGCAUGCUGACACUGUGCGGCAUCAUGGGCCACCACCAGAGAGACGCCGCCAUGGUGGGCAUGCUCGACGCCGCGGGCAAAGUGCUCAUGAAGAGGAUCUGGAGCGAGUACGAGAAACAGCGAUACAAGGGCCAGUAG